AUGGAAAAGGAAAAGGCUUCAAAGGAUGAGUUGGAAUUCGUGAGAGACAUAGAAAGAUCGUUAGCAAACUUGGAGCCGCCCAUGUCAAGUGAUUGUUGCAUCUACAGAGUUCCACGUAACCUCCGCAAAGGGAUGAAAGAAGACGCCUACACUCCACAUGCAGUUUCAAUCGGCCCUCUCCACCAUGGCAAAAAAGAAUUGGAGCCAAUGGAAAGGCAGAAGCUCAGAUAUUUGCAGGAAUUUAUGUUCCAUACCGACUCCAGCUUGUAUGCUCUUUUCUGCUUCAUAAAGGUCAUGGAAGACAGAAUUCGCAGCUGUUACGCCGAGACAAUUCCAUUCAACAGCAACGAAUUUGUAAAAAUGAUUCUUACUGAUGCUGCUUUUAUCAUUCUCCACAUAGUUAAGUCCAAUUACGAUGACCUCGAUGAAGUUGUAUAUCGAAAUUCGUGUUUGAUGUCUAGUAUUCGUCGGGACAUCAUGCUGCUUGAAAAUCAGAUUCCUUUCUUUGUCCUUUGUGAACUGUAUGACUUCCACUAUCGUAUGCCUUCCCCCGUUCUAAAGCUGGCAUUUCCCCUUCCCCUUGAAUUGUGCCAUUAUCGAGGUCAGACAUACAUCUGUGACUACAUCUCACUGAUGGUUUGUUUAAUGGAGACGAGCAAAGAUGUCGAUCUACUGGUUCAGAAGAAAAUUCUUGACAAUAGUUUGAGCGAUAGCAAUGAAGUUGUUACGUUUGUUAGAAAUCUUAGAUCUAAUAUUGUCGUGGAUCGUCGUCACAACUACUAUAAUAAUCUUUUUACCAGCUUGAAUAGACACUGCGAGCAACGUUGGGUGGAAGCUUUCAGGAGUCAGCAAAAAUGGCAUAUCACUCUCAAAGUAUGGCUGACAGUGCUCAAAGUUGAUUAUUUCAGCAACCCUUGGAGGACUGCUUCUACUAUUGCAGCAAGUUUACUUCUUGUGUUUACGUUGUCACCAGGAUUUCAAGUGACAUCUGAUUCUGAAAUUCUGGUCGAGUCACUGAGAUUACAGGUGAUAUCUGAUUCUGAAAUUUUGGCCAGGUCACCUGGAGUAUAA